CGACACUUUCAAACGAGCGUUGUUGAAAGCAGGGGGAGGGGCGAAACCGGAAGCAAUACAAAACUUUCUUUUUGUAUACCGAACUACACCACUGGCAGAACAGAAGAAAAGCCCUGCAGAACUUCUAAUGGGUCGAAUGCUACGAACUCAUCACCACUCCAUGUUACCAGCUUCGUCACAUCAACGAAGAAAUAGUCUGACGUAUUACCGCAAGGGUGAUGCUGUCUAUGUGCGCGAUUAUCGACCGAGGAACAGAAAAUGGGCCGAAGGCUUGAUAGAACGUCGACAUGGAACUCUAAUGUACAAGGUUAAAGUUGGGGAUGAAUGGUGGAUUAGACAUAAAAAUCAGAUACGACGUCGAUAUACUACAUCCCAAGAACCUAAAUUGCCACUGGAAUUACUACUGGAAACUUUCAAAAUACCACCAGUCAAACCAGAAGCAAAACAAGAGAUGCUACCCAGCCGACGAUCCCAGCGCAAACGAACACAAACAGUUCCUUUCCAAAUCGACCCCAAGGAAAAAAGAUACUAAACUGAUUGCAAGAUUCUUUUUAAAAAGGGGAGGUAAUAUAUACGCAGGGGAAUCAUUAAUAUUCAUUAUUUAUUUCACACAUUAGCAUAAUCAUUGAUUUCACGCAUCUGCGUGAUUAUUGAUUUAAAUUACUGAAUUCCCCAAGGUCGUUAAUAUUUUUAAAAUGUGACAUUGAUUUUUCUAAUUGUAUAAAUACGGAGUUGUUGUUUAACAUUUUCGACUG